AUGGGCUCCCCACAGGGCGUGGCCAGCAAGCACAGUGGCUCUUGCGGGAGGCGUGGCCACGCAAGGGCAGGGGCGCAGGCGGGCCAACGCGGGCCGUGGCGUCAUCAGGCGGCGCGGGCCCGUGGCGUCAUCAGGCGGCGCGGAGCUGGAGUUGAUAGAACACCCGGAGCGGACGCGGGCGGCCUGAGCGGAUGCGCGCUCUUCCUGCGCCGGGCGGCGACGGCGGCGCGAGCCUGCCGGGCUUUGGUGGCCUUCAGCGCGAGCCGGCGCCCGCUGCGUACCAGUCCGCCGAGCCGGGCCUUCGCCAAGGAGCUCUUCCUGGGCAAAAUCGAGAAGAAAGGAGUCUUCCCAUUUCUAGAGGUUAGCCAAGAUGAACUUAACGAAAUCAAUCAGUUUGUGGGACCCGUGGAAAAAUUCUUCAAUGAAGAAGUGGAUUCUCAGAAAAUUGACCGGGAGGGGAAAAUCCCAGACGACACCCUGGAAAAGUUGAAAAGCCUGGGUCUCUUUGGAAUGCAGGUCCCCGAAGAAUAUGGUGCCCUGGGCCUUUCCAACACCAUGUACGCUCGUCUAGGACUAGAGAUCAUCAGCCUAGACAGCUCCAUCACUGUGACAAUAGCAGCACACCAAGCCAUAGGCCUCAAGGGAAUCAUCUUGGUUGGCACCGAAGAACAGAAGGCCAAGUACCUGCCCAGACUGGUCGGGGAGCACAUUGCCACCUUCUGCCUCACUGAGCCAGCCAGCGGGAGUGACACCGCCUCCAUCCAGACCAGGGCCAUGCUAAGUGAAGACAAGAAACACUACGUCCUCAAUGGCUCCAAGGUCUGGAUCACCAAUGGGGGACUGGCCAACAUUUUCACUGUGUGCAAGACUGAGGUGGUCAGUUCCGAUGGCUCAGUAAAAGACAAGAUGACAGCUUUCAUAGUGGAAAGGGACUUUGGUGGAGUCACUAAUGGGAAACCAGAGGAUCAAUUAGGCAUUCGGGGCUCCAACACUUGCGAGGUCCAUUUUGAAAACACCAAAGUCCCCGUGGAAAAUGUCCUUGGAGAAGUUGGAGGUGGCUUUAAGGUUGGAGUGGUCUGUCCCCUCCUCCCUCACUGCCUGCUCCUGCCGGGUGGCCAUGAACAUCCUCAACAGCGGGCGCUUCAGCGUGGGCAGCGUGGUGGCCGGGAUGCUCAAGAAACUGAUUGGCUCACUAUGUGGCUGAGGCUGGCCUCCACCUUACGAUCCUCCUGCCUCAGCCUCCCAAGCUACUGGGAUGACAGGUGCGCGCCAGUGCACCUAGAUCAGAUGGCAUUUUUUUUUUUUUUUGUGGUGCUGAGGAUGGAACCCAGGGCCUCGCACAUGCUAGGCCAGCACCCUGCGCCCCAGCCCACCCUCAGAUUGCUUCCUGAUUGUGUCUUUCUGAACCUUCCAGGAGAAUUCGCCCUGAUGGCUCAGAAGGCUUACGUCAUGGAAAGCAUGGCCUACCUCACGGCGGGCAUGCUCAACCAGCCCGAGCUGCCUGACUGCUCCGUGGAGGCAGCCAUGGUGAAGGUGUUCAGCUCCGAGAGUGCCUGGCAAUGCGUCAGCGAGGUGCUGCAGAUCCUGGGGGGCUUGGGGUACAUGAAGGACUACCCCUAUGAGCGCAUGCUGCGUGACACCCGCAUCCUCCUCAUCUUCGAGGGGACCAACGAGAUUCUCCGGAUGUUCAUCGCCCUGACGGGCCUGCAGCACGCUGGCCACAUCCUCACCGCGAGGAUCCAUGAACUUAAAUGUUGGCCGGAGGAUUUAGGACUCUCUGGGCCGAACCGUGGACCUGGGGCUGACUGGCAACCUUGGAGUGGUCCACCCCAGCCUCGGGGAGAGUGCCAACAAACUCGAGGAGAACGUGUACUACUUUGGCCGCGCCUUGGAGAAUCUGCUGCUUCGGUUUGGAAAAAGACUGUCGUGGAGGAGCAGCUGGUGCUGAAGCGGGUGGCCAACGUCCUCAACCUGUACGGCAGGGUGGCCGUGCUGUCUCGGGCCAGCCGCUCCAUCCGCAUCGGACUCCGGAACCACGACCACGAGAUCCUCUUAGCCAACAUGUUCUGCACGGAGGCCUACGUCCAGAACCUCUUCAGCCUGUCGCAGCUAGACAAGUAUGCUCCAGAGAACUUGGAUGAGCAAAUUAAGAAAGUGUCCAGGGAGAUCCUCGAGAAGCGGACCUACAUCUGCGCCCACCCUCUGGAGAGAGCGUCCUGACGCUAGGACAGUGUCCCUGCCCCCGGGCCUCAGCUGACACUAGACAACCCUCUUUUCAGAAGGUGGAGAACUGCAGGAAGUCACAAGUCCCACCCUCUGUCCCCGUGUGCACCCGCUGGUGUGGACUGCAGGUCCUGCAGGAGGCUACACCGCAGCUCCUGAGCAAAGACGCAGGGAAGAGAGUCGCUGUCACCAGUGUCGCCAUUGUGCUGGUGGUUGGGGACAUGCUGGUGGCAGGAAGCUCGCGGACAUCUGAGGCUCGGGCAGCCAUUGCUACCAAGCCACAGGGUCAAGCAACAGCUGGGAAACAGCGCCCUUGUCACCUCCAAGUAGGAGGCAGAUGCCCUCACAGCACGUGCUGGGAAGUGUUCAACAGAAAGGAAUAUAAAAUGUCACAGUCUGUGUCCCCUCUG